UGUUUUACCACCACACCAGAGAUGUGCUAGCCACACCCUCAACCUUGUGGCAACACAAGACAUAGAGGCCAUGCUUUCUGACUCCUCCAAAAGUAGUCUUCUUGGUCCUUUCAAGAAACAGUUUCGUUCCUUGAUGGGAAAGUGCAGCAAGUUGUGGUCCAAGCAGAACCAGUCAGCCCAGAUUGCUGAGUAUAUCCAUGCGCAAUGUGGUGUGUAUCUGAAGGUACCGAAUAAGAGCAGGUGGAAUUCCACCUUUGAUUUGUUGUAGCAACUACAUGAGCUCCUGUCAACUGUGCCACUAAAAAUGCAUGCCAUAAUGGACCGCUGCUCCUUGUCCAGGAUCACAGCUGCUGAGAUUGAAGUGGUACAGGAAUACACAGAGAUUAUGGAGCCACUAGCCCAGUCCCUAGAUAUCCUGCAACGGGAGAACGGCAUGUUCAUGGGGUAUUUGCUACCAACGCUCUGCAAUCUGGACCGCAAGUUAGAAGGACUGGAAAAGAAACCUGAGAGGUACACAUACUGUUUUCAGCUGCUGAGAGGUGUGCGCGAAGCCCUAAGAAAGCGGUUUGCAGCUAUCUGGGAGGACAAGAGGCUUCUUCUGGCAGCCUGCCUACACCCUCGCUUCAAACUAGAUUGGCUGGAAUCGUGUCAGGCCACCACCCAUACCAACAAAUACACAAUGGAAGCCUUGUUGAAAGCUGAAAUAAAGAUGGGUGUACUUAAUGAGGACAGUGAUCAGUCUUCAGAUAAAGACCAGGAAGGAGAUGACUUAGAAGAUGACUUCUUUAACUUUCUGCCCCAGGGCAAGAAGUCAGCAGUGGACACUGCUGAGGAGGAACUGGUGAGGUACCUGAGGUCUCCCAGCAGGGAAGUGUCAUCACUCCAUGGCUUUCCAUGUGUGCUGCGGUGUUUUUUGCAGCACAACACAGGCAUGCCUUCAAGCGCCGCAGUAGAACGCCUGUUCAGUACUGGUGGCAACAUAAUGACUGUAAAAAGACAUUCCUUGUCUGACAUGCUCUUUGAGCAUCUUGUUCUUUUGAGACAUAACAGAAACAUAUUAUAAAAGCAUUUCAAGUGCAAAAUUUGAUUUCAAGAGUUGGGGUAUCUUCAUUGCUUGGGGGGAUGUGAGAUUCUGUUAUGCCAUUAUGUUAAUCUUAUGGAUAAAUUUUUUUAUUCUACUACCCCCUGUGUGUGUGUUUAUUUUUAAUAUUGUUUUAGGCUUCUUAGAUGUGCAGCAGCC